AUUUCAUACGACAUCGACAACCCGCCAAUCCACCCCCGACGACGACGUACCGAACACCUCGAACCGUCAAAUCGCAUCUCCAAAAUGUCUCACGAAUCAGUCUGGAACUCUAGACCCCGAACCUACGGAAAGGGCGCCCGCGCUUGGUACGUACAGCUGCCCCACGAUUCGAGAGCCGCCCUACAAAUGAUGAUAUACAUUUAAGGGACGGAGGAGGGGCCAUGGAAGAGCAAUUAGUGCUAACUUGAAUUAAAGCCGCGUCUGCACACACAAAGCUGGUCUCAUCCGAAAGUAUGGAUUGAACAUCUGCAGACAAUGCUUCAGAGAGAAGGCAGCCGAUAUUGGAUUUGUCAAGGUAAGGAAUCUCGCCCUUGAAAUUACCAUAUCCAGGAAUAUUUGGAAGCUAGCAAGAAUCUGA